CCCUGGCCAGCGCGCAGCCUGCCCGGCGCCGGCAAGCUGGGUCUUGGGGAUUCGGGUUGGCUUUGGCUCACUCGCUUUUACAAACUCCUGGAUCUUACAUGCCUCUGUAUCCCCCACUUCCACUCCAUGUCCCCAUGCUCCUGCGCCAGCAACAGGGGAUAUUCCCUGGAUGUCAGCUGAGUUACUAAGGUAACGCUGCAUGUCACUAGACAGACCUUGGUAGAACCCCAAGGAUCCUGGAGACACCCGACUCUCCUCAUUUUUUUUUGUGUGUGUGUCCUCACUGAACAUUCAAAACUGUUUCUCCAAAGGGUUUUGCAAAAACUCAGACUGUUUUCCAAAGCAGAAGCACUGGAGUCCACAGCAGAAGCGAUGGGCAGUGUGCGAACCAACCGCUACAGCAUUGUCUCUUCAGAAGAAGACGGCAUGAAGUUGGCCACCAUGGCGGUUGCAAAUGGCUUUGGGAACGGGAAGAGCAAAGUGCACACUCGACAACAGUGCAGGAGCCGCUUUGUGAAGAAAGAUGGCCACUGUAACGUCCAGUUCAUCAACGUGGGUGAGAAGGGACAAAGAUACCUCGCAGACAUCUUUACCACGUGUGUGGACAUUCGCUGGCGGUGGAUGCUGGUCAUCUUCUGCAUGGCCUUUGUUCUCUCCUGGCUGUUUUUUGGCUGUGUGUUCUGGUUGAUAGCUCUGCUCCACGGGGAUCUGGAUGCAUCUAAGGAGAGCAAAGCGUGUGUGUCUGAGGUCAACAGCUUCACGGCUGCCUUUCUUUUCUCCAUUGAGACCCAGACAACCAUAGGCUAUGGUUUCAGGUGUGUCACGGACGAAUGCCCAGUUGCCGUAUUCAUGGUGGUGUUCCAGUCAAUUGUGGGCUGUAUCAUUGACGCCUUUAUCAUUGGUGCAGUCAUGGCAAAGAUGGCCAAGCCCAAGAAGAGAAACGAGACUCUUGUCUUCAGUCACAAUGCUGUGAUCGCCAUGAGAGACGGCAAGCUGUGUUUGAUGUGGAGAGUGGGCAAUCUUCGGAAAAGCCACUUGGUGGAAGCUCAUGUUCGGGCACAGCUCCUCAAAUCCAGAAUUACUUCUGAAGGGGAGUACAUCCCCCUGGAUCAAAUAGACAUCAAUGUUGGGUUUGACAGUGGGAUUGACCGUAUAUUUCUGGUGUCCCCGAUCACUAUAGUCCAUGAAAUAGAUGAAGACAGUCCUUUAUAUGAUUUGAGUAAACAGGACAUUGACAAUGCAGACUUUGAAAUUGUCGUAAUACUGGAAGGUAUGGUGGAAGCCACCGCCAUGACAACACAGUGCCGUAGCUCUUACCUGGCAAAUGAAAUCCUUUGGGGCCACCGCUAUGAGCCUGUCCUCUUUGAAGAAAAGCACUACUACAAAGUGGACUAUUCGAGGUUCCACAAAACUUAUGAAGUACCCAACACCCCCCUUUGUAGUGCCAGAGACUUAGCAGAAAAGAAAUAUAUUCUGUCAAAUGCAAAUUCAUUUUGCUAUGAAAAUGAAGUUGCCCUCACAAGCAAAGAGGAAGAUGACAGUGAAAACGGAGUUCCAGAAAGCACUAGUACGGACACACCCCCUGACAUAGACCUUCACAACCAGGCAAGUGUCCCUCUAGAGCCCAGGCCCUUACGACGAGAAUCAGAGAUAUGACUGACUGGUUCCUCCUCUGGAAUAUUUACGUAACAACACGGUCUGUUGGUCAGAGGCCCAAAUCAGUUAUACAGACGACGGUACUGGUCAAGAAGUGGGUCAAGGCGAGCGGCCACGAGGGACUGAGGCAAGAGCAGUGGUUUCGAAGAAAGACUGUAAGCUCGAUCAUUAAUGGAAAGCCCUAAACAUGCCUCCACAUGACCCGAUGGCACAUCUAUGUUGUAGAUUAAGUUAUGGGUUUUUGUGUUUUGUUUUGUGUUUUUCCAAAACUUGAACUUGCAGGCAAGCCUCGGUUGGGUAUUUGACUUAUCCAGAAUGCUUCUCUUUAGGGAACAAGAAUGUUUUUAAUGGCAUAACAAAGGCAAGACUCUGCCUUAAUUUUUGAAAAGCUGCUAACUACAUGAACACAAAUUGUAUUUUGUUGCAGUGUAGUUUUUCUUUUGUGUAAUUUAAAAGUCAGUGUUGAACUUUGUUGAAAGCUCAUGAUGCGCUUCAAAGUGGCAAAUAUUUGGCUAUUAACUGCCAAAAGGAGAGCCUGAUUUUUUAUGAGGCCAGUAAUUUGUUUGCUAGAAUUGAUUUUUUUUUUUUUCUCUCUCUCUCUUUGGUUACAUAAGGGCAUUAUGUAACACUAGCCAAAUGGUAGCCUCUGGGUUUGGUUGUUGUUCUUUUUGUUUUGUUUUUUAUUCUCCAUGAUGUUAAUGGGUUAUCUCAAAUUUUAAGUUAGACUACCUAAAAUUAAUACCAAAGAUAAUGCACAGUUUUGCACAGUGUAGCUUAUAGUAAAAAAGGAAACAAAGCCCCAAUGGCUGCCUUGAAAUCAAGAGACAAUAACUUUGAACCUCAGCAAGACCUUGAACCCCCUGUUCAUUUUGCACCUUAUUCAGAAAAUAGAGCAUCAUAUACACAGAAUCUAGUAAGUGUAGUGCUUUUUAAAUUUUGUUCUUUUAUGUAACUUUCUUAUUUGAAGAAAAAGAGUAGGAAGAAAGGGGAAGUAUAAUUCACACACAGAUAUAUACAUACAGUAUCAACAUUUUUCCUUCCUGCUAGGUGGACUGGGCAGGUCAAUGUGUAAAGUGAGAGAUGGUGAUGUGCUUAGAUUUUUCUGGGCUUUCCCUUUGCACACAUUCCAAAAUUUAUUCCGUAAGAUAAGAUCUUGGUUGAACUUUGUUGGCACCCUGGCAUCCUUAAAAUGGAGCCAUCCAGCAGGAAAGGUUUAAACCCUUGCAGCUGAAUUCAUUGCCUUGACUGUCAGGAUAUUUCUAGCUUGACUUCAUCUUGGAGAAAGAAGGUGCUAUGCCUGGCCUCUAGAUUUGUUCUUCUGAUCAGUCUGUCUGGUGUGAUUCGUCCAGUGUCAGAAAGGCCUGCAAAUGCCCAAGUGAGGAAGCAGGGAGCUGUGGACAAGCCACUUCGAUGCAGCACGUCGGCUCAAGUAUUCAGGAGGGAGAGGAAAGUUGCCUUUUUUAUGGCAGAGGGUAGGAAUGAAAUGACUCAAUAUUUUAGGGUCAAAGAGAGUCAUACAAAUAUAACACAGUUGCAGGUGAAGGAGAUAAUUGUCUUAAAAAAAGUUAUUUCCCCUUUAUGUGUACCUGUUCAGGGUUGAAUGUGAACUGAUCACUGUCUCCCACGGAGUCCUAAAGCAGGUUAUUAAAGAAACGCACAUUAUUUUCCAGAAGCUUCUCCUGCCUGGCUGCCUGCCUUACUAGAAACACUUUUUUUUUUUUUUCCCCUGCUCUAGCUCAAUAUGGAACUCUUUUGUUUUAAAGUUCCUUAUUUGUGAAUUGUGGGGUUACUGACUUUUAAUUGGAGUCUCAAAAUCAACUCUCCUGUGGUAUUAAAUCCCUGUAUGCCAUUAAAAAACAGCUUGUUCUAGAAUCACGUAUUUUGUAAAUCGAUGUUUGUGAUGGUCUCUUGAACAGCCAUAUCUGAAUGCAGUGCCUGCAAAAAUAGGACAGUUUCUGCUGUUUGCAGCCUUCAAGUUUGCUGGGUUUGAAAACUGGGGUGUUAUUUCAUUGAAACCAAGAAAUAGAUGUUAGGCAAAUGGAUGUUAUUUUAAAUCCAAAUUUAAAGGCAGGUUUGGGAAGUUUUUUAAAGAGUUGGAGGAACUGGGGAUUGAGCAGACAAGAGAACUUGCAGGAGAGGCAACAAUUUGGCUGUUGACAGUGAGAAGAUAUUGAGAGCUUCAGCUGCUGCUAUUAUGAUUUUUGCAAAGGAGAAUAAUCAAACCAAAGAGUAUUCAAUGUUAUGUAAAUUAAAUGAAGAUGCAGUGGAGAAAGGGGGUACCACAAAGGAGGUUCCCCUCAAACACACAGUGCUGCCACUUAAAAAGACUUGAGAUAUUUGAAAGGGGGAGGGUUAUGGGGGCAAGAAAGAGGGAGGGGAAUCUUUCAACUCAUUUCUGAAAAAGACAAAAAAAAAAUCUAAAAUUUCUGGUGCACAGGUUUGUUUUUUUCAAGAAAAUUUUGCAGAAGCUAUGUUUUUAAAAGUGUACAUUUUAUAAAGUUUAUCAGAUAUUUUCAUAUUUAAAGCCAAAUGUAAAUAGAAGUCUGUAAAGGAAAAAAAAAUUGCCAUAGAAAGUAUAAUUUCAGUGUAGCAGUUUCUGAGAGCUAAUACCUAUAUGCUACCGGUUAGCAUGGUUUUAGCAAAUAUUUACCAGCCUUAUAAGGAUCGUAUUGCUAUGUACUUCUGUUAUUUAUUUCAGCAUGGACUGUUCAUCUGAAAGCUUUUUCUAGUUAUUAGCAUUUUAACCGUUACAAGCUUUAAAUGGCAAUUUUUUUUUUUUUUUUUUUUUUUGUCAAGAGCCAAGACACAGGUAAUGCACGACAUUUACUGCUGCAUUUUACCUUUAAAAUAUUUGUCCUUAUUGACUGGGUCUCCUUAACUAGCGCUCACGUCAUUAGAAUGCAGAUGGAAGGGACUCACCGUGAAUAUCUGGGGUCGAUUCCCAGAUGCAUGUUGCUUCUCUUGCAAGCAAAUCCCUAUUGAAUUUACUUAGGAUUUAUUCCCUUGUAAAGAAUUUUUGCCCAUAUCUGGAUGGGCAUUAUAUUUUGGGAGGGAGGCACAGAUUUUGGGUUAUCCUAUUUUUAAAUAAAAGGUAGACAAAGUGAAUUAUAUUUUGGUUAUUGAGAAAGGCAUAGUUUUCUAUCCCUCUAAGAGUAUACUUGAAUCAGACAUUUUAAGGAUGUCAUUAUAGCACUGUAGUCAUUUCCAAAUCCCUAGAAAUUUGUUUUACUUUGUUUUUAUUCUAUUAACGCAUUAUUUCUUCCUUUCACUUCCUUUUAUUUCUAUAUACUCCUGUCCCAAAUCUUGAUGUUUCUUUGAUGAGCUCUGUCACCCAAAUCAUGUUCCCCUUGCAAAUAAUAAAUGUCAGUUCAUAUUUUAUAAUAAGCCACUUAGUAAAGGCAAGAAGCUUGUCCUGAGAAGUGGAGUGAGUUCUCUUUCACUCUGUGUCUAAUAAUGUUAAGGUGGGGAAAAAACAAAGUGUUACAUAGUCACCUCUUCACCUUCCUAGCCCUCAGCAAACUAGAAUCUCUUUUUCUAGUCAUGUUGGAUUUUAGCUCUGGGCUCUGGUCAGUUGAACAAUUCUGAUCAUUGACAAUCACGAUAGUUGUUUUCCCAUUUGCCAUCUUUUUGUAUCUAAAGUCUUCCUGUUGUACUGCACAAAC